AUGGAAACUCUGUUAUUUUGGUUGAUACUUUUCACCCCUGGAUGGACCCUCAUUGAUGGAUCUGAAAUGCAAGAGGAUUUUACGUGGCACAUAAGAAAAAUACCCCAGGUUGUCAGUGUGAGGACUUUCCAUCUCACUAGCCCCACGUUUGAAGCAGAUGCCAAGAUGGUGGUAAACAGAGGGUGUGGCAUCGAAUGCCAGAAAGAACUCCCACCCCCCAGCCUUUCGGAGCUGGAGGAUUCUCUUUCAUAUGAGACAGUUUUUGAGAACGGCACCCGAACCUUAACAAGGGUGAAAGUUCAAGAGCUGAUCCUGGAUCCCACUCAAAAUAGCACCACAAAAGGAGCAUCUGUUAGGAGAAAGAGACAGGUGUAUGGCACAGACAGUAGAUUCAGCAUCUUGGACAAAAGGUUCUUGACCAAUUUCCCAUUUAGUACAGCUGUGAAGCUCUCCACAGGCUGUAGUGGCGUUCUCAUUUCCCCCAAUCACGUCCUGACAGCUGCCCACUGUGUUCAUGAUGGAAAGGACUAUGUCAAAGGAAGUAAGAAGCUAAGAGUAGGAUUGCUGAAGAUGAGAAAUAAAGGUGGCCGCAAGAAACGUAGAGGUCCUAAGAGGAGCAGGAGAGAAGCUAAUGGUGGUGACCAAAGAGAAGGUGCCAAAGAGAACGUGCAGGAGAGAGCUACAGGUGGGAGACAAAGAAAAGAAUCUGGUCGGGGUCAGAAAGUCUCUGAAGGGAGGCCCUCCUUCCAGUGGACCCGGGUCAAGAACACCCACAUUCCUAAAGGCUGGGCAAAAGGAGGGAGUGGAGACCCUGGCAUGGACUAUGACUACGCUGUCCUGGAGCUGAAGCGGGCUCAUAAAAAGAAAUACAUGGAACUCGGAAUCAGCCCCACCGUCACGAAGAUGCCAGGCGGAAUGAUCCACUUCUCCGGAUUUGAUAACGACAGGGACGAUCAGUUGGUCUAUCGGUUUUGUAGCGUUUCUGAUGAAUCCAACGAUCUCCUCUAUCAAUACUGCGAUGCUGAGUCGGGUUCCACUGGCUCUGGGGUCUACCUGCGUCUGAAAGAGCCAGACAAAAAGAACUGGAAGCGCAAAGUCAUCGCGGUCUAUUCAGGCCACCAGUGGGUGGACGUCCACGGGGUUCAGAAGGAUUAUAAUGUCGCUGUUCGCAUCACUCCCCUCAAAUAUGCCCAGAUUUGCCUCUGGAUUCAUGGAAAUGAUGCCAACUGUGCUUAUGGCUAA